AUGGCCCAACAAUACAGAAUUGAAAGUCAAUUCAAUAGUGCUGAUUUAAAUCGUGAUGGAACAAUCGAUGAAAAAGAAUUUCGACAAUUUCUUGGACCAGUUAGAGAUGAACAAAGAUUAUCUGGAAAUAUGAAUUAUCAAGAUAUUCAAAAUUUUCAAAUGUCUAAUGCAACUCAAGUAAUAACAUAUCCAGUUGGUCUUGAUGUAGCUGUUGCUGGUUUUACACAAAAUCCAGGUGAUUAUGAAAGAUAUACAGGAGGUGUUCAUCAAUCAGGAGCUCAUACAUAUGGUGUUGGUCCUGAUGUUGGUAUUGGUGCACCAAAUGUUGCUAGAAAAAGUAAUCAAUAUGAUCCGGCUGGUGCUAUGUUUGAUUAUGCUGAUAUUAAUCGUGAUGGAAAAAUUGAUAAAACUGAAUUUGGAUCAUUUAUGCGUUCGAUGUAG